AUGUCGUCAUUCGAAAGUAUUCUCCUCGGUACUGAUAAUGAUAACGAUGAAAAUGCUGAAUUUCAUUUUCGUUUAUUUAGUUCAACAUCUUAUUUUAAAUUAAAUAGUUCAACUGGUGAAUUGACAACUUUACAAUCAUUAGAUAGAGAAAAACAAUCUAAUUAUGAAUUGACAAUAUUGAUUAUUGAUCAUGGUAAACCCUCACUUUCAUCAUCAGCUAAAGUUUAUAUACAUGUCACUGAUACUAAUGAUCAUGAUCCAAUAAUUGUAUUUCCAAUAAAUGGUAAAGGUAAUAUAAGCGUGUCAUAUCAUGAACCACCAGGUGAAGUUGUGGCACGAAUCGAAGCUCGUGAUCCUGAUGAAGGACAUAAUUCUUUGUUACACUAUAAUUUAUUUUCUGGGAAUCAAGCUUCAAUAUUUCGUCUUGGCAGUACAUCAGCUGAAUUAUUAAUCGAUCGUGAAUUAACUGAACAAGAUAUUGGUUUAUAUCCGUUAGUAAUACAUAUACAAGAUGCUGGUAUACCAUCACGAACUACAGAAGUGAAAUUAUUAGUUAAAGUAACUGAUUCACCACCACGUAUUUAUUCUAAUCAGUAUUCAAAUUUGCAUUCGACAAAUUUAUUGAAUGAUAACAUGAAAUCGCUUAGUUUACAACGUCGUUUAAAACAAACUCAACAUUAUCACUUUAUAGAUGAUAAUGAAAAAUUAUUGAAAGCAAAUGAAUUUAAUAAUCAAGAUGAAAAUAAUUUCAGUGCUGGUUCUAUUCUCAUUGCAAUUGUUGCUUUAAGUUGUGCUAUAAUUCUUGUACUCUUAGGCAUUACAGUAUAUGUUUGUGGUCGUCGUGGAUUUCAAAACUUUCGUCAAAACAAUAACAAUAACAAUACUCAUAUAAAUGGUCGAAUUCAAUAUUUAACACGCAAUCAUAAUUCAUUGAACAGUAUCAAGUUGACUAAUGAAAAAGUUAACUGGAAAAAUAUAUUGAAUUCCGAGUCAAAUACAGUUCAUAUUAAUAGUAAUUGUGAUAAUGAAUCGUAUAAUCCACAUGUUCUACCUACACCGACUAUGACAUUGUAUCCUAAUAAAUCAAUACUAAUCGAUAAGGACAGCGAAAGUGUUUUACGCUAUCAUCUUAAUUCAAACGAAUCCACAAUAUUGAACAAUGAAAAUAAUCCUUAUGUUGAUCAAACAGAUUCUGUACAUUUAAAAUCAAUAAUAAUUGGACAGAAUCAAUUCAAACAUCGACGACCACAACAAGACCAACAGGAUUAUCAAACAAAUCACGAAGGUUAUACAACAUUUCUACCACUUAGUGAACGAUCAUCUUCAAAUUGUCAUACAAAUUAUACAACAUUACCAUUAGAAGCUAAUCAUUCAAGCUAUGUAUCAAUGCCAAUAUCAUUAUUGUCUAAUGAUGAGUUCAAACAAAACUGCGAAAAGGGUUGGACAUUGAGUGGGUGUACAUUACCGCAAUAUAAUCAAUAUGAACAGAAAAUUAUUUCUUUUAUAAAUUCUAACGAAUAUUCAAAACAAAGUCAUGAAAGGAAGCAUUCAGAAGAACAUAAGUUUGAUGGUCAAUCGAAUCCAAGUAAAGUUAACAAUGAUAACUUAACAGUGACUCCCAUUUUAUCGGUCCAUACCUCAACAACUAAUACUAAUGCAGCAGCUGAUAAUAAUAUAAAUUCUACAGAUACUACUGAUAUGGUGAAUAGUAAUAUAAUCACUAAUAAUAAAACUAAUGCUAUUUCUUUUACACAAUCAUUGAAAAUGAAAAAAUCUCAUAAAUUGCAAUUUGAUGAUUCGUUUAACUUAGUUAAUAAUCACGUUGACAAUAAUUUAGUUGAUUGUACAUUGAACAAAAAACAUGCGAAAAGUUUAAAUGAAAUGAAUCAUUUAAAAACUGCUCGUAGUUGGGAAUAUAUUGUAAUACCAGAAAUCGAUCAACCACUGUCUCCGCUUUCAUCAAAUAUUAUGGAUCAUAACAUAACAAAGGAACAACAACAUAAAGCAUCUUGGAUUCCAAUUGCAUCAAGUAAGCUAAGCACAAUUUCAUCCGUUCAAAAACCAAUAAUACAUGAUAUGAAUCAUGAUUCUUCAGAUAAUCAACCACUCAAUAAUACUGAUUCAUCAAAAUAUAUCACUAAUAAAAAUUCCACUCAUUUACAAACAUUUCAUCAACCAGUGAACUCCAACUCAUCUAUAUUACAUUUAUAUAAUGCACAGAAUAUUCCAGAUUACAAUUCAUCUAGAAUAACAACAAACCAACCAAUCAUGAAUGAACAAAUCAAUCAAUCCAAUGACAAAUUUAAUUUAUACUCACAAGGUCAAUCGAUCACACCAGUGAAUCUGAUUGACUUGAUGGAUAAACGAAUCUAUUCCACAAAAUCAUGUGACUGUGAACAAACAACAAAUAAUUCAUUGAUGAAUCAUUCUCAGUACUCAAUGAAUAUGAUGAAUCUACAACAUCCAUAUUUGGAUCAAGAACAAAAUAAUCAGGAUAAUUCACCAGUCUCAACUGAUUUUGUUUAAAUGAAUCUAUUCAUGCAAGUGAUUCUUGCUUGUUUCUUUUUUCUACAAAAUGUCCAAAUAAAACAAUUGAUGUUAAAAGAACAUCGAAUGAAUGAUUGCAUUUAAUCAGAUUAUGUAAAAUGAUUACCUAUGUUAGUCCUAUACAAAGUGGAAUUACGAAAUACGAUGGGCGUGAGAGAACCUUGUACUAAAAAAUAUAGAAUUAAAAUAGUUCACUGUCCUUGUAAUAUAUUCCUAUCCCAAAUGAA